AUAUAGCUGCAACAGUAGACCCUAAAUUAGUCAAAGUAGUUAGAUAAUUUAAGAAUAUGCUUGGUGGCGGGAAUAUAUUGCAUGUGCUUGAGCUUGUGCCAGUAGAUUGUUUGUUUUGUCCAGGGUUCCGUGUUUGCUGGGUGGAAACGGUGACUUAGAACAUGCAUGCCUUGAGACCACUAAUUCAAACUUCCACAAAGGACUCCUCUUGUUUCUACGGAACCAACUUAUUGAAUGAUAAUUGCGUAAAUUCAUAUCUGAGACUGAUAGAAAGGAGAAGCCACUACUAUGAUUCGUAUCCCAUGGUAUAUGCUUUUGACUCUUACUUCUUUCCUGCCUGGAAACGGGGGAACUAUGAAAAAGUAAGGAAGUGGACCAAGGGAACGAAUAUCUUCUCUAGAGAUCUGUUGAUAUUUCCUAUACAUGCACCCGACAUCGGAGAGUCCGGCCACUGGUCGGUGAUCAUAGUUUGGACCAAAACACAUCAUAUUACGACGUACGAUUCUCUAGGCCUAAACUAUCCGUGGCAUGCUACAGUUGUGAUGGCAUUUUUACAGGAGGAGGCCAAGGCAAAGAAGGUAGAACUUGAUCCGGUGGAGUGGCUAAUCUGUGGGACACCCGCGGAUACCCCUCGACAAACAAACAAGUGGGACUGUGGUAUAUUCGUCUGUGCUUUCGCUGAAAUCAUCGCACGUAAGGAAAAGCUCACAUCAGUCCAGAUAUGUCCUAAGGAGUUGCGCAAACAGAUGUGUGCGGCAAUCAGGAGAGGGAAAAUUGAAAGUGAAGAUUUCCGGCUACUGGAACCACCCAUCACCGAUCGAAUCCGAUUCACCCCGAUGACGACACCAUUGGUGAAGAUACGCACAUUCAUCCACAAUGGGUCCAAGCUCGAGGUGGUGAUUCCCAGUGACCCAGUAUUAGAGGACAUCAAUAAGGAGCUGAACCGCAUGUCAAGAUCCAAGCGUAUGAUCCCGGAAUUCAGUAAACCCCGUAAAACAUCCAGGGAAGAUCUUCCCAACACCCUUCCUUACACCGAGAGACCACCUACGGAUCCACCAAAGGAGGAUCACCCCAAAGAUUCCGAUGAUUGUUUGUUGCUGACGACUUCCGACGUCGAGAUGGAUGAUGAAACCAACGAGGAGGUUGAAAGUGCGAGGGAACCUCCUACAACAGCCAUGAAUGCACCGGCCGUAGAGGGAAAGCAGAAGAUAGUUAUCAAUCCACAUACCUCGCUCCAGAAGGGGAACAGAUACCGACCCAAAAGAGUGAAAGUGUGGAUGCCUGAUGGAUCCUUCCAACGGAUGAAUGUGAACCGAGCCAAGGCAUAUCUUUCACGGGGUCAGCGAUAUUGACAUG